UUUGCCCAACUGAACAGCCAAACACGGCUCUUUGGAAAUUCGAAAAAAAAGCUCUUUUCUUUCUUCCUAAUCUUUCUUCAGCUUAAUAGAAAAUGGCGGCUUCUUCUAGAAGAUCUAGCGGACCUGUUCUCCGUUCUCACUCUCCGUCGUCUUCUUCGUCCGCUUUUGCCUAUUCGAGUUCAGGUUUCUCUUCUCGCUCCUCGACUUUCUUCAAUCAACAUAGAUCUAUUUCUCCGCGGCGUGUCAAUCUCUGCAAUAAAACUCCGUCGUCGUCGUCGUCCGUGCGGUUCUCGCUUGAUAACCGUCCGAUCUCGCCGAACCGUUCGAUUACCACCGUCCGAAGAAACACGGAGGCGUUGAAGAAUUUACAGAGCAAACAGCCGAAGCGGACUUGUAUGUGUUCGCCUACAACGCAUCCCGGUUCGUUCCGUUGCAGUCUUCAUAAGAGCUUCGGUAACUCGCACUCUGGAUCGAGUUACGCGCCGAGCAAUCGGCUUAACGCGCGUAGAUCUGCGAUGACGAACUCGCUGGUGAGAAUCGGCGGUGUCGAAGGAGAUCUGGUCAGGAGAGCUUUGUCGGCUUUGAUUAGACCUUCCUCUCACCAGCAGCGUCGCCGUUCUGCUUUCCAGCCUAGACCUAGCCGGCUCUCCGUCAUGUCAAAAGCCGAGGAUCUAUAAAGAUUUCGCAUGCGGUUUGUAAUAUCUUAACGCUUAUAGGUCAAGUCUCCGAGAUUUUCCGGUGAUUUGAGAUCGAGCUUCGGCGUUACUCCGGCCGGUGGCGAUGAAGUUAUAUUCCGACGAGGAGUUUGGUGAUCUGGACGGAGGAUUCGAGUUCAAGUAUUCUCCGGGUGAUCGAAACGCAAAAUCCGAGGAACGGAUUAUCAUAUAGUUUGUUGGUGUGUAAAUACACUCAUAUUGCAGCCUAUGGCAAAUUUGAGGAGCUUUUGGACUGAAAAACUAACUCUUAAAAUCUCUUGAAAUCACUAAUCUAAUCUAAUUAAA